GUUAAACAAGUCAAGACGGACUUGUUUCGCUAUUCGCUAAUCUAGAGCCUUUUCCUAUUAAUUUUUUAAAAAAGAAAGAGAAAUAUAUUUUAUUCGGUAUUAUGGACGUUUUUAAUAAAUUUUAUUCUUCAGUAAGUACAACAGUUUCUCAAUUAUCAAGUGUUUUGCCAGGUAUACAUUUGAGUGGUCAUGAAAUACAAGAACAGGUCGGAACUGCUGGAAUUGGCUCUUUCUGGAAGAUACACAAUGGUAUCAAAAAGACAACAAAAGAAAAUGUUUCGAUAUUUGUUUUUGAAAAAAAGACUCUAGAAAGAUUUAAUAAGGAGGAACGAGAACAUCUGUUAGGCAUUUUACGAAAGAGCAUUCAACAAUUAACAAAAAUAAGACAUCCUCAAAUUUUAGAGGUUCGUCAUCCAUUAGAAGAAAACAGGGAUUGUCUAGCAUUUGCUACCGAACCUAUAUUUAAGUGCUUAAGCGACAGUAUAUCCUCUACUAACGUGGAAGAUAAGUUGUCAGAUCUCGAAAUAAAAUACGGCCUUUUACAACUUAUAGAAGGUUUGAAUUUUUUACAUUCCGAAAUGAAAAUUGUACACUGCAAUUUAACUCCAAAUAAUGUGAUUAUAAACCAAAAUGGAAAAUGGAAGUUGUUCGGUUUUGACUUUUUUAUAACUGGACAAAUGAAGGAUGGAAGUUAUGAAUGGAUUUAUGAAGGUUUUAACGCUAACUUAAAUAUUGUACUUCAGCCACCUUUAGAGCAUUUGGCACCGGAAACUGGGUUAAACUAUUCCAUAACAACAGAUAGUGACUUAUACUCAUUCGGGGUCCUAAUAUAUUGUAUAUAUAACAAAGGGAAACCAAUGAAAAAUUUUUUUGGAAAGUAUGAUAGUUUCAAAAACUUUUGUAAAGAAAUCAACCUAGGUAGAUUUCCAAGUUUUGAUUGCAUUCCUUUAGAGCUUAGGGAUUCAUUAAAAUCUCUAAUGCAUUCAAGUCCUCUUCAUAGAACAAAAUUACACGAAUUUAGAAAUGUAUCGUUUUUCAAUGAUAUGGAAGUGAAAAGUUUAACCCAUCUAGAUUCUCUCUAUCGACUUGAUAAUUUAGAAAAAUCUAAAUUUUUAAAAGGUGUGGGUGAUGUUAUCCGAGCAUUUCCGUUACGAGUAAAUUUACAGAUAAUUCUUCCAAAUUUAGUCAAAGAGUACAUCAAUCCUCAAAUGAUACCAUUUGUGUUGCAAAAUGUUUUUAUAAUAGCAAAACAAUGUGAAUCAGAGCAAUAUAGGAAACAUAUUUUUCCACACCUCAUUCCAGUAAUGAAAAUACAUGAACCAAUUCAAAUUUUUUAUGUCAUACUGCAGAAUAUGGAUUUGAUUCUAAGUGCAUCAUCCAAAGAAAAUAUUAAAUAUCAUGUUUUACCAAUGCUUUACAAAGCUUUGGACAGUAAUAAUUCCAAUCUUCAGGAGAUGUGUAUGAAAGUUUUGCCCGAAAUUUCGUCUUUAAUAGAUUCUUCAGCUAUGAAAAAUAUAUUGUUGCCAAAAAUUCAAUCUCUUUGUCUGAAUAGUGGAAGUUUAUCAGUUAAGGUAAAUGGUUUAAUUUGCAUAGGUCAUCUUCUGGAUAAUUUAGAUAAAUGGUUAGUAUCAGACAUAAUUCUGCCAUUUUUGGUAAAAAUUCCUAAUCGCGAGCCAGCUAUUAUAAUGGCUGUAAUAGGUAUUUUCAAACUAAUCAUGGCUAAUAAAAAAUUGGGAUUAUCUAAGUCAGAAAUUGCCACUAAAGUAAUCCCCUAUUUAAUGCCAUUGAGUAUAGAAAAUAGUUUAACAAUGAAUGAGUUCAAUUCUAUAAUAAAUUUAGUGAAAGAUUUGGUUAAUCGCGUUGAGACAGAGCACCGAAGUAAAAUUGAACAAUCUGUGAAUAAUUCAACAUUACCAACUACUAUUCCUGACCCCGUCCAUGAGUUAGACCUUAGCAAUUCCAGUAAUAACUUCUCUAUUGACAAGGUUCCUGAACGGCAGGAGAUAAAAAUUCAAAAUAUUGAAAGUAAUUUAAAUUCUGAAAUCGAAAAACACUUUCAGAUUUCUUCGAAGCUCGCAAUUAAUAAUGUCAAUCCAACAAUUCAACCAAGUCCUAACUAUUCCACUAUAAGCAAGGAGUCUUUUUCUAAUUCACAAAUAAUACAUAAUCCAUUUAACCAGACGUCUUCGCAUGGCAAUAAUAACAAGCCGCUUACAAUAGAAAGUAAUAUGAACAACGUCAAAAUUGCACCAACGAAUAACAGCAAAGGAAGUUGUUUUCAAGAUCUUGAUCCAUUUGCAUCAACCACGCAUAAAGUCCCAAUGAAUCAAAUUCCAAUUAGCAAUUCGAGUUUCAAUAACUUUGAAAUUUUAAGACCAAAUUCAAAUAAUUUAAAUUUUCAAAAUAAUAACUCUAGCUCCAACAUAAAUCAACUAAGUCAGCAAGAUAUACUUGACUUUUUAAAAUAAAUUAAAUUGUUAAUAAUAUAAAAUAUAAAAAAAAAAUUAGUGUCUAACAGUAUUUAUAAACUAAAAACCUAUAAUAAUUUAACAAAAAUCUACAAUUAAAUAUAAAUAAUAUUUAGUGAAUAAGACCAUGUGUGCGUAAAUAUU